AUGCUAAUUAGCACCCGUGCCUUGAUUGGCAGCCUGGUGGGAAGUUUUUCCCAGUGUGGUGCCAGGAGGGCCUGGGGCGCUGGGGCGCGCGCGGCGGCGCGGGGCGCGGGCGCCAUGAACGGGCUGCAGGGCUGGUGCGCGGUGCUGGACGUGCGGCCGCACGGCGAGAGCCCGGACAGCUUGAAGGUGCUGCGGUUGACGCUGCCCAAUGACCUCCCGGGCGACAGGCGGGAGCAGGUGAAGCAGAAGCCGGUCGGAAAGGCCUUCGCCAUGGUGGCCAACAGAUCGAGCAACGGGCAUUCCCUGGCCUCCGAAUGCAUCAAGUCCAACGAGGGCGACGAAGAGAUCAUUAAGGUUUACCUCAAGGCGCGGGCCGAGGGCAGCGUGAAUCACGACGAACACGUCAACCAGCUCAAAAGCGAAGUGCGUUACAUCCAAGAGGCUAGAAGUUCUUUGAAGAAGCUGCGGGAAGACUUAAGUAGUAAACUUGAGAGCAGACAAGGAGAUAAACAGCCUGCACAGGUUGUGCUGGAGGAGCACAACGGGAGCUGGCUGCACCCCGAGAGGCUGCRUGCUGAUUCCUGGGAGGACCAGGAGGAGGAUUAUUUAGGAGACGACGUGGAAAAAAUGCGGCAAACGGCCAGGAGGCUGUUCACGAGGCUGCAGGAGGCGGAGAGUCGCCACCGGCUGGAGAAGGCCGCCUUCGAGCGGAGGGUCUCGCAGUACCAGGCGGAGGCGGAACAGGCGAGCUCGGCCCUGCGGAGAGCGGAGCAGAGCGCGGUGGAGAAGGAGGUGCAGGUGGACGAGCUGCGGAGGCUCCUGGCAGGCAUGGAGAAGGAGCACGGCAGCCUGCUGCUGAAGAUGAAAGAGGGCGAAGCCGAGCUGGCGCGGCUGCGAAGCACGGAAGGCGACAAGCUCGCUGAACAAGACCGGUCGGCCAAGCUGGAGAAGGAGGUGGCCAUGCUGCGGGAGAAGAUCCACCACCUGGACGACAUGCUGAAGAGCCAGCAGCGCAAAGUGCGCCAGAUGAUCGAGCAGCUCCAGAACUCCAAAACGGUGAUUCAGGCCAAAGACGCUGCGAUCCAGGAGCUCAAGGAGAGGGUUUCCUACUUGGAGGCUGAGAACCUGGAGAUGCACGACCGCAUAGAGCACCUGAUAGAGAAACAAGUCGGUCGGGGGAGCCACAGCUCGCGGGCGCGCUCCAAGUCGGAGUACGUGAGCAGCAAAAGGGGGACGGGCCCCAAGCCGCUGCCUCUCAUCCGAGUGGUGGAAACAUGAGCUUUGAGGGCCGGUCGGAGCUGAAGACUSUCCCCUUGUUCUCACGGACUGGACUUGUCUGCUUGGCUGCGUCCGCUGGCCCCCGCGCUCGGCGUCUCCCCGGGAGCCGCCGGCGGUGGCAGCGCCCCCGGAGAGGCGGCGCUCGAGGA